GAUUGUGACGGUUGAUAAAACGGAAAAGCGGAAACGAAAAGAAAAAAAUAUUAUAACGGUCGAAUUAUUGAAUGUAACUAGUGAUGGUUAGUAUUUGUCUAAUUAUUGUGGCAUAAAUCGUUGAAGUGCAACUCGCAUAUAUAAAAAUAUUAUAUUCACAUAUGCGUGUAUGGGUGCGUGUGAGUGUGCUCGGUUUGAGUGGCAUAACAUUCAAAGGUGUGCAUUCAUGCGUAAGCUUUUGAGCUUGUGCGUCUGUUUGUUUUUUUGUGUGUGUGUGCGUGCAUUCACACACACAGAGUUGAAACGGAAACGGCUUAGAGCGCCAUUAUGAAUUUUCCUCGGGUGCAACAAUUGAAUUUGAAAAGUGUGAAUUAAAAGUGAAUUUGUUUCGGUGAAGAAAUAGAAACAAAAAACUGAUUUCUAAUGGAAUUUUAACAAACCACACAUCUUUAUGAGUGAGCAUCAACUAUCAAUAAAUAACGGCAAUUAAGCAUUGAGUGACGUAAAUAAUUUUUCGAAUUGCAACAAUCAAAGUGAGUAGCAGGCAACGGCACAUGACACCAAUUGAUGGGUGAUAUUUUCAAAUAAUGCAAAACCUGCAAGCUCACAAAACCGGUGUUGUAAGGAAAAAAUUUGUAUUAUUUUUUUGUAUUUAUUUAUUUAAGUGAAAAAACUUUGUGAGGAAAAAGUGCGUAGUGAAAAGUUACAGAUUUCAAGCGAUCAAUGUUUAGUGUUGGGUGAGAAAUUUAAUUUUGUAAGUAAAUAAACGAUACGUGUGUGCAAGAUGGCGCACAACACAACAACAACAAUUGCCACCAAAAAUCGAUUACCAAUGCGUAUGCGGUCAUUCCGUAGCGCUGGAUACGGACGACGGAGCCUACUGAGCUGCACACACUACACACUCCUGCUGGCGACCGCAAUUCUGGUCUUAAUCAGUGCACAUGUGAAGAGCGCGUUGCUUUAUGACAAUAAUGAUCAUAAUAAAAAUUAUAACAAUGACAACAACAUUAACAACAACAAUAGUAAUUUCAUAAACUUCAACAACAAUGCUACAAACACAGUUGGUAGCACUGAGCUGCCGCCGCAGGAGAUCAACAGAACAAUGCCACAGUCCACAGGCGCAGCCAAGGCAUUUACGCCAUCAGCAGAGAGAGUGCCGCAGCUGGCGCAGCAGGAGGAAAAGUUGGAGGGAAUAGAAAGGCUAUUGAAACAGGAACAGCAACAGCAACAGCAACAGCAGCAGCAGCAGCAACAGGAAGAUGUCGUAAUUCCUGUGGACACUGCGGUCGAGAAGCAAUCUAUGAUAGAGCUUGCGCACAAUGACAAUACCCCUGACAGUAGUGGUAAUAGUCAUAAACAGCGUCAGGAGCAGACCAAUCAAUUCAAUCAGCAAACGUGGGGGGAGGACAAACAGUACUUGGAGACACAAUUCAAGUUACAACAGCAAGAGCAAAAUAGUCAAAAGCAUAUUCAUAAUCAUCAACAUCAACAACAUCAUCAUCACCACCAACACCAUCAUCAGCAUCAUUACGUACAACAACAAAAAGAACAACAAAGUCCACAACAAGAAAUGCUUGAUUCAAAAGCUCCAACACAACCGCAAAAGCCAUUUGAAUUACUCGAACAGGUACAACACGAACCGGAAGCGGGUGUUGGUGGUUGGCAGCAACGGAAACUCUACACACACCAUCAUACACAUAAUAUAUUUACCCCGCAGUUACGUGGUUAUAGCGCCAAACGCCACUACAACAGCAAAUAUUCCAUUGAGGAAUUGAUGAAUAUGAAAGUACAACAUCGCCUCUCCGAUGAUAUCGACAUGGAUCCGUGCAAAGCAGGUGGUUUCAUGGGUGAUAUCGCUUUGCCCGACAUUAAUUACGACGGUGACCCCAUUGUUGCGCGCACCAUAGUUAUACCAGUCGCAAGGGAGGCGACUGAGGAAGAUGCUGAGGAGGACAGCGCUGCUGACAACGUUGAAGGCGAUGAAAUCGAUAAUGGCAACGGCGAUGGUAAUGAAAAUUUUCAAAAACACAAAGCGGCGGAAAAGAAUGAUGUGGAAUGGCAAUCGGAUGCGCCAGCAGAAGCGCCAAUAAUCGCUGAAAAGGUAGUGCCAACGGCUACUAAAUUCAAUGCGUCUUUCCAACAGGAAUUGGAAAUACUUAAACAGGAAGUCUACCACGAAGGCUUGCAGGUGGAGGAGGAGGGUCUUACACAUAUAAUACGAAAGAAAACGAAGUUGCCGAGCUCACAUUUUGACUAUAAGGACAAUAAUGAUCCAGCUGUGUCGGCCAAUGAACCGGUCAAACCAACAAGCUACUCGCUGAGCGCAAACUAUAUAAUGAAGAACUUGAAAAAUGAAGUAAUCAGAAAUGGCGUCAACGAGGACGAAACCAACAAGAGCCAACGCUUUAAACCAAAUCCCAUUUACCUACCGAUGGAGAGUAACAUUUUCGAUGAGAAGCCGAAAAAACGUGAGAAAACCAACAAAAUCGCUUAUGCCGAGAAAAACGAAACUCAACCACUUGGCGCGAACCAACAACAAGUCCGUCAGCGUGCGCUUAGCAGCGGCAGUGGCAUUAGCAGUACAGGCGGUUUGUAUACACGACCCGGCAAGCCAACAACGUUCGAUGCGAAUGGGAAAGUGGAAUCGAUUGCACUACAUCGCAGUGGCGAGUAUUUCGGCCCGGCGGUGAGCAGUGUCGAUAGCAGCGUCGCCAAAGGUGGGCGUGUGUCAAUUGAGAAGGCUGUUGAGUUGGAGAAGCAACGCAAAGCCGCAUUGGCACUCAACAAUCGUAAUGUCGAUCAGCGUAAAAUACAAUCGAAUACGAAGGACAUCGAAAUGGAUUCGGGUAAUAAUUUUGUGGCCGAGCGUCGUAUGGUUAUAUUACCCACAUCAUUGCCCACACAGCGUUCCACACUACCGAAUGUAUAUAGUAAUGCGGGCGGUAAUGGUAUGAAGUUGGAUGAUGUGGAUUUUUUGCACGCAGAAGGCCCAGUGCGUCGACGACAUAGACGUGGACGCAAGCAUAGACGCAGCCCAGAGUUACGACUCGCCGAUUUUAAUGUGAAAUUACAACGCCUAAAGGAGGAACUCAAUCGCCCCGUACAUACGAUGCAUGAUUAUCACACACAUACGCAACGCCAACGUCCGCAACCACAGCACAACAAGAACAGUGAGGACCAUCCCAGCGCCAACCAUAAAACACAUAACACAAAGCAGCAAAUAACAAAAAUAGGAACCGAAACAGAGGCGGAAACCGCAAAUGAGCGGCUGCUGGAAGAGAGGCACCAACAGCAAGAGCAGAGCCAAAAACUGAUGUUAGAACCGCAACAACAUCAUCAACGCCAUCACCAAUGGCUGAUAGCCUUGCAAAUGGAACAAAGUCUAGCCAAAAAUUUCAAUUAUUCAGCGGCUCAAAGCGAUGAACUGUCAGCUGUGGGCAGAGCUACAGUGGGCGCCUAUGAACCUAUGGUGAACAAUGACCGCAUUAUCGAAGUAAAUGCGAAUGUGGCUGACAGCAGUGGCAGUAGUGGCAGUAGUAAAGUGCAAAUGCCAUUGGAAAUGGAACUACAAAACGCUGAAAACUCAAAACUUCUAAAACACCGCAAUCGUAUGGUGCGUGCAGUGACAGCGAAGAAGGAACGAAUUUGGGAUUACGGUGUUAUACCAUAUGAAAUCGAUGGCAACUUUAGUGGCCUGCAUAAGGCACUGUUCAAACAGGCGAUGCGGCAUUGGGAGAACUCCACUUGCAUCAAAUUCAUCGAACGCGAUCCGGAAAUACAUCCAAACUAUAUAGUCUUCACAGUACGCAGUUGCGGGUGCUGUUCAUUUGUUGGCAAGCGCGGCAAUGGUGCACAGGCCAUUUCGAUUGGUCGCAAUUGCGACAAAUUUGGAAUUGUAGUGCAUGAACUGGGUCAUGUUGUUGGCUUUUGGCAUGAGCACACUCGCCCCGACCGCGAGAAACAUGUCGUUAUUGAGCACAACAACAUCAUGAAGGGUCAAGACUACAAUUUCAACAAACUGACACCGGAAGAGGUCGACUCGUUGGGCUUGCCAUACGACUACGAUUCCAUUAUGCAUUAUGCACGCAAUACAUUCUCAAAGGGCACCUAUCUGGAUACCAUAUUACCCAUUGAGGUGAAGGGUAAAAAACGGCCAGAAAUUGGUCAACGUUUACGCUUGAGCGCCGGUGAUAUUUCUCAAGCAAAUUUACUCUACAAGUGUCCCAAGUGUGGUCGGACAUUUCAAGAGAAUACCGGCAUAUUUGCAAGUCCUUCAUACUACACGGCUGGCGCAUUGACCAACGAGACGGAGCAGUGCGAGUGGCGCAUUACAGCUACACAUGGCGAGCGUGUGGUGUUAAAGCUGGAAAAUAUGAAUAUUUUCAAAUCAAACAAUUGUCAAACAGAUUAUUUGGAAGUACGCGACGGUUAUUAUCAUAAAUCUCCAUUGAUCAAACGAUUCUGUGGUAAAGUCAAUGGUGAAGUUUUGAAGACAGAAUCAAGUCGGAUGCUUUUGACAUAUGUGAAUACACAUCGCUACGAGGGUUAUCGUGGAUUUAAGGCCGAAUUUGAUGUCAUCUGCGGCGGUGAGAUGUCUGUUGAUGAUUCGGAGGGUCGCUUAGAAUCGCCCAACUAUCCAUUGGAUUACUUGCCGAGCAAAGAGUGUGUAUGGAAAAUCACCGUGCCAAGAGGCUACCAAGUGGCACUCAAAUUCCAAUCGUUCGAAGUGGAGAAUCACGAUAGUUGUGUGUAUGACUUUGUCGAGGUGCGAGAUGGCGCAACGGAGGAUGCACAAUUGAUUGGCGUCUUUUGUGGCUACAAACCACCACCAAACAUGAAGUCAAGUGGCAAUGCUAUGUACGUGAAAUUCUUGUCCGACUCAUCCGUGCAGAAAGCCGGCUUCUCAGCUAUAUUUAUGAAAGAGGUAGACGAGUGCGAGACACAGAACCAUGGCUGCGAGCAUGACUGCAUCAACACGCUGGGCGGUUACGAGUGUAGUUGUCACAUUGGAUACGAAUUGCAUAGCGAUAAAAAGCAUUGUGAGAACGCAUGCGGUGGCGUUAUCGAAUACCCCAAUGGCACCAUCAGUUCACCGUCGUUCCCCGAUCCGUAUCCGGUACUGAAGGAAUGUAUUUGGGAAAUUAUUGCACCACCAAAACACAAAAUUUCCCUCAACUUCACGCAUUUCGAUCUCGAGGGUAAUACGCAACAGCAAACGGAUUGCGGCUAUGAUUCAGUCACCAUCUACUCCAAACUGAGCGAGAAUCGUUUGAAGCGCAUCGGCACAUAUUGUGGCACAGCCAUACCACCCACAGCCACCUCGGAGGGUAAUGCGUUACGCGUCGAAUUUCAUUCGGAUAAGACCAUACAAGGCACUGGCUUUGCUGCGGUCUUCUUUACUGAUAUCGAUGAAUGUUCGACCAAUAAUGGUGGCUGUCAGCAUGAGUGCCGCAAUACCAUCGGUUCGUAUAUGUGCUUCUGUCACAAUGGCUAUUCGCUGCAUGAGAACGGACAUGAUUGCAAGGAGGGCGAGUGUAAACACGAAAUUUCUGCACCCUUCGGCACCAUCUACAGUCCCAAUUUUCCUGAUCUCUAUCCACCGAAUGCUGAUUGUGUGUGGCAUUUUUCCACUACACCGGGUCAUCGCAUCAAAUUGAUAUUCAAUGAAUUUAAUGUGGAGUCGCAUCAGGAAUGCGCUUACGACAAUGUGGCAGUUUACGAUGGCGAAUCGGAGAGCAGCUCGAUAUUGGGUCACUUCUGUGGCGAUAAAAUACCAUAUCCAAUCUCAUCAACCACCAAUCAGCUAUAUAUGGUUUUCAAAACGGACAAAAAUAAACAGAUGACUGGUUUCACCGCCAUACAUUCAACAUCGUGCGGCGGUUAUUUACGUGCUACGAAUGUAAUACAACAAUUUUAUUCACAUGCUCUCUUCGGCAAUCGCAACUAUAAUGAGAAUAUGGAUUGUGAGUGGACGAUUCAAGCUCCUGCUAGCAGUAAUGUACAAUUACUCUUCCUCACAUUCGAUAUUGAGUCCAGCGAAAAUUGUACCUACGAUUACGUGCAGGUGUAUUCGGGCAUGGAGGAUACCAGUGGACCGAUGUAUGGACAAUAUUGCGGAAAUACGCUCCCACAAGAUAUCAUAUCCUUAACCGAUUCACUACUGGUGCGCUUUAAAACAGAUGACACCGUAACAAUGAAGGGUUUCUCGGCCUCCUACGUGGCAGUGGAUCCAUUUGAGAAUAGCGAUGAGGAUUUCAAUUCCUAUAGCGCAGAACGUGCUACACCAUUUCCUGGCUCAUUGAAGAGCAUCUACGAGGAUUCGGAUGAGUAUAGCGACUUCAGUGAGAAUCAAUUAAUCGUACGACCGAGGGGUCGCUAUUAUAAUGGUUUCUAAAACGCGGUCCAUCGUGGGUGGCAUCCGCCCAUAUUCUAUGUAACUCCUUGAAAGUGGCCAAAACGGGUGGGAAUUGUACAGAAUAGUAAUGGCAAGAGGAAGAAGAAUAAAAAGCGUAUCAGCGUUGUAAAAGUUAAACGCAAAAAAGUUAAAAUCUGGCGGAAACGCAUAAGGAAUGAAUGAAAAUAAUGACAAUAGCGAAUACUCGUAUCAAAUAGAAUUUAGACUUUUCAUCAUCUUCUAAAGCAUAUCAAAAAUGUAAAUCACAUCAUCAAGUCAAAAUAUAGUACGAAUAAAGAAAAAUUUAAAAAUAAAUAAGAAAAAAUGGAAAAACCAAAAGAAUGCUGACUAUCACAGAUUUCGUCAAAUGGAGGAGAAUUUUUUAAUUAUUUAAGUGUGCAAUUUACUUAAAAAGUUAUAACAAAACAAUAAUGUAGAAUUAGUGAAACAAUUAGUGGGAGAAACUCUUUAUUAAACACCAACACCGUCGGGAGAAACCGUAUGAGUAGUGCAAAGAACUCACGGUUUAAAAACACUCAUAUCUAACAACAACCAACAUAUA